UAAAAUUGAAUAAUGUUUAGUCUGUCUUUUUGUUUUGUUUAAAAAGUCGUUUUCGAGAUCGGCGGAAGAAUAUAUUAUUGUAAAUUUGAGACGUUGAAUGAAACAAAAACAGAAAUACGUCAUUGAUGAAGUAGUUUCACACCUAUAUCGAAAAUAUAGUUGUAUUUUAAUUAAAUUCGAAUUAAUUGGCGGAAAUAAUGAACCAUUGACGUAAAUAAUGGUCAGUGAUGUAAUUAAAGUCCCGAGUUUCCAUUAAUUUCUAUUAAUAGUGAUUUUUACGAUGUGAUUAAAACUCGAAGAAGAAAGGGCAUUUGGAAAAGCUCAAAAGAAAUCAAUAAUUCGUCUCAAAUGCGUGCGCAAUUCAGUUUUUAAUAGAAAAAUUACCUACAACCCCAAGUCAACAAUUUUUAUUUUUAUUUAAAAUAACCUAAAACAAUGUGUACGUUUUUAAUGAAGAAAACAACUUCGGUACUGCAACGUUUAUUAUAAAUUAAUCGCUAUUUUUGAGUGUACGAGUUUUAUCGUUAAACUAGUCUUUUUAAUUGCAACACACUUUAGUAAGAAUUAUGGGUUCAACAACUAUACCUGUUUUACUAGUCACUGCGAAUGUUGGAUCUAUCUUUGAAGAUCCAAAUGAAAUGCUUAAAAUAUGGACUGAAGAAUUUUUAUCAACUGUAUCUAAGUUAGAUCCCAAAUUCAUAGGUUUACAUUGCCAGGAGGUAGGAGGAAAGAACUAUGAACUUAGUAUGAAACAAGUUGAACAUUUCGUGAAAUUGUUGAUGUCCAGUAAUGAAUUACGCUUAUUUGAUAAGAUUAGGGUAUUUUUAGAUGAAGAUUACAGCUCAGCAGAAAAUUUUACGGCACUCGGGAAUUUAUACUUCGUGCAUCAAUCUUUGGAAAAUAUUUUAAUAUGGGAUUUCAAAGAUUGUGUGUUUGUGCCUGUACAAGGGAAAGAAAUACAUUCAGGCAAUAUCGAGACUGUAGUUACUAAAGAAAAGGCCAAGUUUCCACAAGAUUUCUUUCCAGAGUGUAAAUGGUCACGCAAAGGAUUCAUGCGGACGAGAUGGUCGCUUAACAACACUGUCGUGGAUAUGGUGAAUAUCCACUUAUUUCACGACGCCUCGAAUUUUAUAGCGAUGGAAUCGUCCCCGUCUGUUUAUUGUAAAAACAGACGUAGGGCUUUAGAGCAUACACUAGAAAGGUUUCAUAAUGACCAGUACGACAAUGCUCCAUACUUUUUAUUCGGCGACUUUAAUUUUAGGACUGAUACAGACGGCGUUGUUAAAAAACUGACUGAUGGGCUAAAAACUACGAGAGUCCAAAACAACAAAAAUAAUGAAUUUACAAAAUUGCAGUUUACUACCGAAGAUAGUAAGUUGAUAUUGACCGUUGGAAAAAAGGAAUUUAACCAUUCGGAUCACCAAACUGUGUUCCAAAACCCUACUUCAGAAUGGCUGAAAUCGUUCGACAAGGAACUUGAAGCUUUCGAAGAUGCCUUGACUGAAUACCCCGUAACAUUUCCUCCCUCGUAUCCAUUCGAAGAGAAAAUUUCACAAGCUACGGCGUACAUGCAGACCCGAUGUCCGGCUUGGUGUGACAGAGUACUCCUCAGCAAGAAGGCGAAACAGCUUGUCGCCGAAGAAUCUGAUAUCAAAUAUGGCCUAAUGGGAGUGGAAACAUGCAUGGGGGAUCAUAAGCCAGUAUAUCUCAGGAUAGAUCUAAAGAAAAAAGCAGGACUGAAAGAAACGGAAAAUGACGGUGGAAAAUUGACGGAUGUUAAGAAGGUGGAAGAUAUUAUGGAUCCCGCCACGGUAACCCGGUAUAUUUAUAUACAAAAUAUCGAUAAACCUGUAAAGAUAUUUAGGGAAACUGCUGUAUAAAUAUCUGUAAGUUUUUCCUUUUAAAAUGUUAUGUGAGAAAAAGUGGAAUACCUUUGUAGCUGUAACUAUAUUUUGAGGAGACUAUUUACGUGAAGAUAUGUUGUCUUAAAAUACAAAGUAGGUCAUUUUUAUCAAUCAUUAAUAAAACUGUUUAGUGGUGUUUUUUCGCAUUUUCGUUCAUUUGCUGAAAACAGUGUUAGUUCUGACAAUUAUUGUCAUUGUUUGACUAGCACAAUCAAACUUUCUAUAGGAAAUAUACUUUCGGAGUAAAAAUACAAACUAUUACUACUUCUGUUUCUUUGAUUUUUGGUGUAACACUAGUUGUGAAAAAGUGUAGAGGUGCUGCACUAUGUCGUUCUUUUCUAAUGUAUAGUGGUACACUAAGUCGUUCCUUUGAAAAGUGUAACAAAAAAAGUGUAACAGUGCAGUUAAAUGUACACCUGCUUCUGAGAGGGUGACUAACGACACUCGUCUUGCACAGUAGCACCCAACCGAGUUUGACAACUGUUUGGCUGUCGGAUGUGUUUGUUUACAACAAAAUAUCUUUUUCUUUUUAGUUUAAUUUAAAUCUAAAAACUUUAAAAAGCUUUUAGUAAUUUUAAUAACCAAAUUACCUACAAAUUUUAAUUUAUUUUAAUUUUUUCUUUUGUUGUUUCUAACCUGACCAUAUUUAUAAUCGUAACUCAAAGGUUAACUACACUAGAACAUUCCUUUGUUUAGUGACACACCCAUGAUUUUCGUUUGACACUAGCCAGUGUGGUAUACACUCAACUACACUCAAAAAUGUUACACCAGAAAACAAAGGAACCGAUCUACUGUUAGAUCUAUGAAAUGUUUCAAUCGGUGGUUGAUGAUUAUUAGCAAUAAUCAAUUAAUUAGUAAAUUUUUCAACAAAUUAGCAAAUCGAAAGUUGAUAAACUAGUUACGACUCAUUAUACUAUACUCAUUGAAAGCACAAGAAUUCUGAACAUAAAAAAUAACAACAACCAACAUUCUCGACGUUGUAAUCAGCGAUCGUCGACUAUACCUCUUAUUUGAUCUCGUCCUGUCCUAGUUAGUUUAACCAUUUGUUCUAGACCGUCAUUCUCCCACCUCUGUACUGGCCUACCCCUCUCUUAUGUUCACACUGGCGUUUGUUAUAAAUUUCGUCUAGUGGAGUAGUUUUAUUAGCUCUUCACAGAUGAACUGCUAAUCUUAAAUUAUCUGUUUUUAUGAAGGAUAGUACAUCCCUGCUUUUUUAUUUCUUAUAUAUCUGAAAGUCAUAUUCUUGAAAUAAAAAUGUAUACCAUUUUUAUUCGUAUUACUCCGUGCGUAGAGUAACCAGGUGCAUUUUCCGUUGGAACUUUACCAAGCUGCAGACGGGGAUGUGAAUUACAUAGUGUAGAAUUCCUUCCCUUUGUCUUCACUGCAGCAUCCAUGUGCUUGCAAAUUGUAGAAGCCUUGGAGGUGUCACCAGGAAAGUGUACCAAUACGUUUUCAAUUUAAAAAUCUUUUAGUAAUGUUUUUAAUAUUUUCAAUAUUAUUAAUUUUGCUAUUAGGAUUGAAAACUACUUCAUCUUUCAUAUUCUUGAGUCUUCAUCGAUGUUUCUGCAAUAUAUGUCAGCCUUGGUAAGAUGAGAUUCUUAACAGUGCUAAUCCAAAUUAUCAUCUGGAAGCUAGUAAUAUUCUUCCUUCGGUCAUGAGUAAGUCUAGAUAUAUGUAAUUUGAAUUUGUAACAACCCAAAAGUGCAAUUCUCCAUCAUUUAAAAAAAAGUUCAUUACGUUUUAGGUCAGUGCUAGUGAUCAGCGUAUACUGAAAUUUGCCUUGAUUUAUUAAAAAUUAUUCCCCUACUAAAUAAUUCGUUUGGUCCUAUUUUCAAUCGUUGUUUCAUUAAAGUUUAUUUUAUAUCCUGUGUUUAUGACAUGUUGUGCUAGGGAUGACGUAUUCUCUUUUCUUUCGAUAGCAUUUUAAUGUUCUUCUCGUUUAACCUGUAUUCUUCGAUUGGUCUAUCCGAUGUACGACUUGUCCUCAUAAGAGAUCUUGUAUACUCCUUGAUUUUCCAACGCAAUUUUUUGCAAUUCACAUGUUGCCACAAUGCAGUACAUUAAUGCAACAUAACAAUGUCCACUCCAAAAUACAGUUUACCAUGGAACGGGAUAAUAAUCAACAAGCAAUCAUAAGGUUUACAUCUUAUCACUCUAUUGUACCCUGAUUUAAAAUCUUCGAAGACGUGGAAGGAAUCAAGAUUAAAUUCUUCCAACAUUGAAGUAAAUUCUAUGGGGAUAGUGUUUCUUGUUCCUUAAAUUAAUGUCUCAUAUUUUAUUUUGGUGCACUGGAAAAAAUAAUCAGGAUACACAUUCAUCCUAAGAAUAUGAAUAAAAUAAAAUAAAAUUGGAAAAUAAAUAAUAUAAUAUAGUCAUUUCUUGACAAGUAUGGAUCGAUUUCGUUUGCCUGUUCACAUUUCUUUAUUAGCAUGAUAAAGAUGAUCCUAGACUAAUCCUUGGCAACAAACAAAUAGACCCCAUAUCUUACUAAAUAAACAUAUUUUUGAGAUAUUUACUAGUUUGGUAAUGCUAUUACAAAUUUAUUAAAUUUACAAUUAACAAAAAAAAUAAAUUUAAACAGUGAAUCAAUAACAUACCUAUCUAUCAAUUCUUUACAGAAAAAUUACAAAGGGUAUUGUAAUUUGUAAUUAUUAUAUAUUUUAUUCAUUUUGAAAAUAGUUAUACAAAGGUGUUCUACGGUUUUCAUUCAAUUUGAAUUUUGUUUUGGAAAACGGUGAUGUGAAUUGUUUCUCGAUUCUUGGUAAAAAUAUUAUAAAUAGGAAAGAGACAGAUCUUCCACAAAAUUUUAGUUAUGUCAUAAUUUUAGAUUUAUUGCUAACACUUUAAUAAAAAUUAGAUUAAAAAAGCAAAGUGGAUAAGGACCUAUUAGAAUUACUCGGAUAUACGGAUACUCUAAACAAGUCAAAGAAAAAUACAAAAAGUGUGCCACCGAUAGAUAUUUAUUUACUUGAUAUCUGUCCGACUCUCCAUGUUAAUACUAUUAUCUAUAGUUGAUUUCAAUAUCCAAAAUGAAAGAAGCUAGGAGUGUUAUGAUUCACGUAUAAUUUCACUAUUAAAAUACUAUUGACUUGAUUAAAUUAUAGUAAUUUAAAAACUGCCAUUAUUAAACAUGUUAUUAAUAUUCAUCCUAUUGCUUCUUUCUGGAAUACGACGAUGCUUAAUUAAUCUAGCAUAUUCAAAUAAAUGUGGUUUAAGCCAGUACUAGAUCCUUCUAUGUGGGGCAAACACAGAAUAUAUUUUAUAUCGGCAACACCGCACCGCUUCGCAAAUACCUAUCGCUCGACGUAUUUUAUAGCGAUACUGCAGUGAUCCUUUUUACCAAAAACAAUGAUUGAGAAUGUCUAUGUUAUACAGUGUUGCACUAUGUACCUUUUUUAUUGCGUGCAUGUAGGUCUUCGGCAAAAGCGUUGCCACCACUUUGAUUAUAAACCAAAUAAAUGGCGUACGAGCGCAAGUCGUCAAACCCUCUGUAUAUGAAUUGGUACCAAUAGGAUAUUACAUGUUUCGCUAUGCCCUAGCUCGUCAGAUAUCCAGGGCAGGUACGAAUUCAUAAGAAAACGGUUUAACGAAUGUGUCUUCAAACUUCACGCCUCAGGUCAAUGGCUACAAAAGUGCCAUCUACUCUGAUGACUGGGAACUAAAACAACUGGAAUUAAAUUGGUUUUAAUCUUGUGUGCUCUAUGAAAUGUUGCGUGUAUGUAGGCGUUCGGCAAAAGUCUUGCCUUUCAAGCCAAAUAAACGGCACAAGAGCACAAUUCGAUAAAUCCUCUGUAUAUUAAUCGGUGGAUACCGGUCCUGGAUAUCUGACGAGCUAAAGCAUAGCGAAACAUGUAAUAUCCUAUUGGUACCGAUUCAUAUACAGUGGGUUUAAUGAAUUGUGCCCUUACCCCAUUUGGUUUAAAAUUAAAGCGUUGGCAAGGCUUUUGCCGAACGCCUACAUGCACACAACAUUUCAUACAGCACAAAAAAUUAAACUCAGCUUGAUUCUGGUUGUGUUUUAGUUCAUAAUCAUCAGAGUAGAUGGCACGUGCUUUUGGAGCUAUUCACGUGAGGUGUGAAGUUUAAAUACUUCAGACAUGAAUAUUUUGAAUUCUUCGAAAUGAGUGAACAAGUACACCUUACAACGCAGCCUAAUUUAGUCUCCCUAUCACAUUGCUGAGUUGGUAUGCAAUGUAUGAAGUCAAGUUAAGAAUUAAUCGAUCUAUCGAGCUUCGUGCUAGCAUUGGACAUAAACAGUUAAAUAUGGAAACCAUUAAAUUGCUUUAAUUUGUCAAAUAUUUCUUUCUGUACAUACACAGGUACCAUUGAUUUGUGUCAUAUUUCUUUAAAUUUUCCUAAAGUACAAUUUUCACGGGCCAAACACAUAAGCAACAUUUAGACUAAGCGAUAGUACAACAAAAGUUUCGAACUGUAUUUCUAUUUUCCUUAUGACGAGAAAUACAGGAGAACGAAACAACAAAUUCGUUAGAACCUGUUGAUCUCGUCUUUUCUAACGAAGUAACGAAAACUGUUGUUGAUUAAAAUAAUUAUGUUGUGUGCCCCACUUGAAAGCAUAGCACACAGCCUAUUGUUAUGUCUUAGGGCCAAACCAGACGGGCCACUCUGCAGCGCUACUUUGUCGAUUCACAGAGUGGCUGAAACAGUCGAUUUUCUAGCGCCGGCGACUACGCUGCGAAGUGGAUCGUUUGGAAGGGUGCGGCGUUUAAUUUAAUGGGUGAGAAAAACAGUAAAUUUAAUCAAAUGAUUAAAAACUUGCCGGCUAAUAUUUUUUUAAAAAGUGUGUUCGUCAGAAUCAUUGUUUGUAAUGUGCAUAGUGGAAUUAAGAAGAAUCAGACAAAAACAGCUAUAUCACAGAAAGAAGCACAUAAAAAAAUCAACCAGUACAUCUGGUAUCCUACAGGCGUAAAAUAGUUUGAUGCAACCUGACAACUGAGUGAAAGUGAAAAACAUGUUAGCUUGCAACCCCCUUUUAACUGAUAUCUUAUCGUUUUGUUUUCAACAACAAACAAAACCUUUUUUGACCUAAGAUGGGACCCCACUAUUUAACAUAAAUAAACAAACAAUAUUGUAAGUAUUUGUUUUGUUCAGUUCAAAUGCAUCCAAUGUAUAAUAAAAUGUAAAUAUAAAUAGAGAAAACAUUGCUUAUGGGAUUUAUUCUUUUCGAUAGGGCUACAUUCUUUAAAAUCAGAAACAAAUAAUUCAAAGAUGACGUCCCACGCUUUUCCUUUUAAUGCCCUAUAAAUAUGCCCUCGGGUUCUUGUAUCACAUAUUUCCGGUUUGUUUUGCACUUUAAUCAAAAACAGUUCCGGAUCGAAAUUCAUUUUAGGUGCUCACCCUAUAAAUUCUCGUAAAUAUCUGCGGCAGCUACAAAAGUAGUCCGUCUGAGUGGCGUUUGCCACUAGUAGACGCCACUAGCAGACGCCACUAGCAGUGAGGCUCGGCGACUGUGGCCGGCCAGUCGCUCGUCUGGGGUGCGACGUUCACUUCACAUAAGAACCCACGGUAAAUCAUCGGAAGCUGCUUUGUGGAUGCACAGAGUAGCGCUGCAGAGUGGCACGUCUGGUUUGGGCCUUACACGUGCACGUUUUUCACCUCCAACGCUGUAUACAUAAUCAUUUAUUAGCAAGAAAAAGAAAAGCAAUCGUCGUAAUCCAUUAAUAAAUUGUGUACCCCUUUAAUAAAGAUAUUAAUGAAAUGGUACUGAAAUAUCUAAUAUGAAUGUUGAUUAAAUUAAUAUUCCUAAUAUUAAAAAUUUGUAAGUGAUAAAUCAAAAUCAGUAAUUUAUGACAUAACUACUCGUAUGUACAAUGUUACAUUAAACCAAGGUAUUUUUUACUUUUGUUAAAAACUAUUUUAUUAAUUGUAUAUAAAAAAUCACUUUGCACAUUUCAGAUAUUUUAUUUAUUUAUUUUUUGUAAUAAGCACAAUGAAAAACUUGGUGGCAACGAUUCAAAAAUACACAAAUACCAAUCGAUCCUUCUAUGCUACGUUCGUUUCCAAGAUAAGCUCAGUUUCAGACACGUGAUUGAUGGGUGUGCCGUGUCGUCGCAGCUUGUUCUUGGAUAGAAAUUAAUUUCUAACCAAUGACAAGCCAGUGCCACCGAUUAGGCUGCUGAGCUUAUUUUGAAAACGAACGUAUUAUAAAGCAUCCACAGCGCUAUUUUUUUAAGUUGAAAAUGUGGAGAGAACAUUUAUUGGAAAGAUUCUACAUUGGCUGAUUUGAUGAGUUAAGUGUCUUCUUUAGAUUGUUCAUCUCGUGAUUUUCACAUAACUACUAUAUAAGAUAUUAUCUCUUGUAAUUAUAUAACCCGAAUUUAUAUACAUAUUGAGAAAUACAUCUUCUUCUGAAGCCAUCUUUCGAAAGUUAAAGUUUACUGCAGCUCUAAAAAAUUGAUUGAACGAGCAGGUAACACUUUUACGAAGUCCUUCUUCCUCAAAUGCUGAUUUCUUAGAAUAAUUAUAUCAAUGACAACUUGCAGAAUUUGGUAUUUUAUUGUAUUGCAGUUUUCUUGCCAUGAUUUAAUUGCUCAAUCUGUUUCUUUUGAAAGGUUUAAGUCGUAUCUGAAAUAAUUUAAGUAUUUCGUACACUUCUCUCGUUUUUAAUUUCUAUUUUUCUUGCCAUUAUUUAAUAAUAAUUGUUCAAUAUGUUUGUUUUGAAAGCUUUAACAAGAAUUUUUAAUUUUUAAUUCAUCGUAAGAUAUCUUCAAUAUUCUUCUGUAAAGUCACGUGUCGAAAACUCUCGCACACACUUGCUAGAAUGCAGAGUUCCAAUAUUUUCAAGAGGUAUUGAAAGAAACGAAUUUUUCCGCGAGAAGCGCAAUAUCACAUCAGAUAUGACAGCCAUCUCGCGAGCAAUGUGUCAACUAGUUAUCAAUCUUCGUCCCAGAUUAGAAAAAAUUUGGCAGCAUCAUCAUCGGCAAUCUUUCCUCGUUGUAAGUUGAAGUAUGACAAUUUUAUGUUCUUUACAGUGUCAAUCCUCCCAUCGUAGGGGGGAUGCUAGAGAAUCUGUACGGCGCGUAGGCAGUUUUGAACAAAAGAAGUAUUUAUUAGCACUUUUGUGUAGAAUGAACCGUUCUCUCAGAAAUAUCUCUUGAAGCGACCGGCAAUUUUGAAUGUCAGUUAGGCGCACGAAAUAAUUUUUUAAAUAAAAUUUGUGUCAACUCGGCGGUAAAAAUUUGAUAUCUUUUGAUCAGAGUGACCUAUCGACAAAAAUCAAAAUGCGUUUUCAAGAUGAAGAGUGCAGCUUUCGUAUGCAAUUUUUGCAUAUUGCCGCAAAUGAAGUUCGUUUUUACAACGCAGUUAAAUAAUGAAACUUUGAGCGAUUUUUGUCAUUUUUUACGAUUCUCAUGAGAUCAUUAAAAUUUAUCAUCAUCAUUUCUAUUGACCCAUCGCUCUGGAAUUUCCAUUGUUAGACCUUAAUCUUACAUAAGAAUAUGAGGCAUUUGAAAUAUGAGUAAAAAUGCUAAAUUUAAACUUUUUCUCAUUUAAACUUUAGACAAUUGAUAAUAAUAAUAUAUAAAAUCAAAAUUUGUCGUAGUGCUGCAAUCGUCGCUAUUGUCAUGCAUUCUUUGAAGAUUGGAGGACUUAUCAAAAUAUAAUAGAAGUUGAAAAUUGUUAAAUUUAACUCUAGGGAGUGUGAAAAAUAUUCAGAAUUGCUUAGGUAACCUAUAUUAAAAUAUACAAGGUGAUCCAUUUGAAAAUUUCCCUGUAUUAUCGGAAAAACAAUAAGAUCUGACAACAACGCAAAUACCAUAUGGAGAGCGGCCUAAUAUAAUUAUCUUAUUAUAGUAGGGGAGGAAAGUAUGCUAAAUGUGCAGUCACUCGAGCGCUUUGGCGACCUAUUGGGUUGUGAAGAGUAGCUCCUAAAACCAAAAAAAGUUAAGUAAAGUUUUCCAUUUUAGUGGGGACUUUCAAUUUUUUAAUUAAAUUUUCCAUUUCCAACAAUCGUUUUUUUUUUCGAUUAUAGGGUCAUCUGUCCAUAAUUUAAAAAAAUGUUUCGAAUAAAAGUUACUUAUUUUUACGUAAGGAAUUCAAAUCUGCAAUAAAAAAUGGGGGUUCCCAUGUAAGAUUCUAAAGUAACCCCCGAGGGGAGUCGUUUUUAGAGCCAUUCGAUAGAUUUUUCAAAAAUAUUGAAUAAGUGUAUUUUUCAGUUUUUCGGUGUGAUGUUUAUUUCGCGAAAUAUCGCGGGAUUCGUAUUUAAAAUUUUAAAUUUACCCCCCACCCCUCUCCGUGGAGAGUCGCGUUUUGUAUUAUUCGAUAGAUUUUUGAAAAAUAAUGAACACGUGUUUUUAGUUUUUCGAUCUUGUCGUUCAUUUCGCGAAAUAUUCGCUUUUUUCUUAUAAAUCUUUGUGACUCACCCAUUUCCUUACGCCCCGCUCAAAUCGUCAGAUUUGUGAAAUAUACACUCCUUUGCAUGUACUUAACUUACCUUAUCUUAAUCUGACGAUUUGGAGUUUUUCUAAGGAUAGAUUUUUUUUUCGGCCCCCCACUUAACGAACUCCCCUGCAUUAAGAGCCAAUAUAUGGUAGAACCCUUGUACAUAAUAGGAUACAAUGUUUCUUCCCAUAUAAUAAUCUGACGGGCUCGAGUAACUUCAAAAAUUCCCGCUUGGGCUCCCCUACCAUUAGUCGUAUCUGAAAUAAUUCGAGCGUUCCGUACACUUGUCUCACUUUUUCUUUCUAUUUUUCCCAUAAGUUUUCAUUGAUUAUACGAGCUCUUCUACUCGUAGUUAUAUUCCUUCCAUUAAUAAAUAUUAAGUAGCAAAAUAAAGUAUUAAAUAUUGAAAAAAUAGAUAAUAUCAGCACAUUUAAAAAAGUUUGAAUACUAAAAUAUGUGGUUACAGCCAAUUUCAUCGUGCUUAUUACAAACAUGAUUGCUCUCGAGCCAGGUUCCAUAAAGUACAAAUAUCUAGCCUAAUCCAUACACCAAAAGUACAUUUUGAUGGAAUUUUUGAGGCCAGACGUAACAUUCUUUAUUGUAACGUAAAAAAGCCAUUUUUUGUAUUAAUAAUAAGAAAAAAAGACAACUGACUGAUAUCAGUUUCCGAAAAUUUUAUAGCUGUACGCUGAUAAUAUUUUUCGAAUUUAUUUCGGCUGUGUGAAUGUCAAAGGAUUUAAAAAAAGCGUAAAAAAUAAAGACUAUGUUUAAAAUGUUACGUUAAUUCAAUAUGCCAUUUAUGCAUGUUCCUAGUUAUGUUUUCAAUUCCUGUACUCUUUUCUUAUUUGUUUAGUUUUAUAUUUAAGUUUGGAUAAAUGUUUAUAAUUGUUUAAUGUACAAAUUAAUGUCCAUAAUAGCUCCUCGGUAUUUUGGAUAAAUAUAGAGCUAUUUUUACGAGCUAGGUACAUAUUCGUCUUCGGGUCCCAACUACGCCACAAAGGUUGGAAUUAUUCUUCUUUUGUAGCGGUUUAGUUGCAUUAAAACCAUUUUUUCCUUUCGGUAUCAUUUGGUGUGGUGAUUUUUAUAGUAGAUCAUGCAUUUUUAUAUUAACUUAAAUAAGUAACAAAUAUUGCUUCGAAAUGAAUAAUAGACUUUCUCAGAAGUUUAGAUCUUUUGAACCUCACUAAGGGCCGGUUUUUCAGUGCUGGGUUAACCCAGAUUUUUCGGUCACCGAAAUUUUUAUGGUUAAUCAGUUUUUCAGUAAGUACUAGGUUAUCGCUUAAACCCGUUUAAGUUGACCAAGAUUUUAACCGAUACUCGCUAUCAUAGGUGGUUUAACUCCGAAUUUUCCGACAGACGUUUAUCUAUAUUUGCUGACAGAAGAGGUUAGUUAAAUGACAUUUUGUGUUAUCGCGGGAAAUAUUGUAUUAUGUAUUAUUAUAUUCUUGAUUAUAUCUUCAUCAUCAGAUGAAGAAUCGGAACUUGAAUGCAUUAAUCAUUUUUGUAAUGUUAUGUUAUUUGUUAUUUAUAAAAUAGGUUAUGAAAUUCUAUGUUGUUUAUUUUUCUGUCAAAAAUCUAUAGAAUUGCACAUCUUGGUCUAAAGCACUGAAAAACGAUAUAAGGGUUAAAAUAUUGGUUAAAAUUUAAACUAGGUUAGCUAACCAAAAUUUUAACCGCUCACUGAAAAACUGGGCCUUAGAGAGGCGAACACAUGUAUUCAGUUAUGUAUGUAUGUGUCUAAUAUAUCUAUCGAAAUAGUUAAACAACUCAUAUACCAAAUAAAGAUAAAGGGAUUACCUACUUGUCUAGAUAUGACAGUAGCUAUAAUAAUCCAGAAAAUUGUAAAUUGAUCCACAAAAAUCGUCGUUUGAGUGUCUAGAUGUGUCAUUGUAUAAAUCAUUCAACAUGCAGAAAGUUUGCGCAAAAUGAUGCCAAAACUUCUCACUUCAGAGCGCAAAUGGAAUCGAGCAUGAUUGGAUCACCCACCAUAUUAGCCCGAUUUAGUCCCCCGUGACUUUUUUCAUGUACUUCAAUACUCCAAUGUAAUGGGCCUUAAGAUAAAUACGGAAAACAGCUUUAUUAAGAGUAUAUUAUUGUAUGAGGCACAAUCUUGGAGACGGGAAGAAAAAACUUAAAAUCUUUAAAUAAAACAUUCAGGAAAAUCCUAAUAGUUACUGGCCUGAUAAAAUAGCGGAAAACAAAACAAGAGGAAAUAACAGUCACGAUUAAAAAAAAAAAGGAAAUGAAAAUGGAGUGGACAUACACCAAGAAAAGACCAAAAUAAUAUAACCAGACAGGCACUCGAAUUCCAACUGGACGGAAGAAGAAGAGGAAAAUCGGAUAAUAGCUGGAGAAGAAUUGUAAUAACAAUCAUGAAAGAAUUAGCCUCAGAUGAAGAGUUCAAACAGGACGAGAAGUAGAGAUGAGUGGACAAGUCUUGUAGAUGAAAUUUCGAAGGAAUAAAACAGAAGAGGAUGCGCUGAUCCAGCCAAUCGGCCAUCUUUUACUUUUUGGUAAGAAACAAGAGCUCUCAAUAAGGAAGGAAGAUGGUAGAGAGUGAGAGAUAUUUUUGCAGUACAAACAUUUUGUUACUGAUAUCCAACAAUGCGGUUUUUGUAAAUUGGCAUGGUAAAACAUGAGUUUAUGGGUAAGUUAUAUUUGCUGCGAUGUCAUUAUAUUUGAUUAACAAUAUCUAAAACUAGGUAAUUUGCGAGUUUUUGGAUAAUAUACAAAAUUUAUAAAAUGUGACACUGUGAAUAAAAUUGUAUUUCAUUAUAUAUUACUUAAUUCUAACAUUGGCAUAUUAUUUGUUCUUAUUUUAAAAAUGUUCUUGCCUGGAUCUUUUGUUGUAAUAUACAGGUAUUAUAAAUAUGGUGGGACUAUUAUGGACUUAAUCUCGUAUAUAGGGUUUUCUUGCCAAAGUUCUGAAAAGUAAAACUCACCCCAAACUCAUAUAAUCGAAAAAGCUUACCCUAGGAUACACUUUUUAUUGUAAGAAUACACAGUUAAUAAAAGUCAUUUAAAAAAAAUGUAUUUUCAGGUUUUUGUAUAGGAAAUCCUGUAUAUUUCGUGUUCGAUGUUUCCCUUGAAUUGAUAUUUAGAAAUCUAUAAAUGUUAAGUGUUAUGUAUAUGUAGACGUGUUUUUAGUACUUACUCUUAAUAAAAACAUCCCCUUGCGGGAAUAAAACUCGAGGGUGGACCCAACAUCUCAGUAAUGGUAUCAAACUUUUUAUUUAAAAAAGAAAUAAUAUAUAGGAGCAUUUUUCGCAUGAAAACACAAUUAUUAAAAAAUAUUCUUACUAAACAUUUCCCGUAUUAAAAACUUUGUAAAUUCUCUCUGAAACUACUCACAAAAAAGGAUAUUGUGGAAACGGAUUAUUAGUACAUUUCCAAAAACCCAACAGUUGAAAAAUUGGAAUCAACGAAGAUGUUUAGAAGAUCAAAUACUUACAAAAAGAAGAUUAAAUAGUUACAUUCGUAACGUUCAAUAACUUUUCUUCUGGUAAGUAUUCUUCCAAUUGUUCAUCUGUGUUAUUUUCAUCGGUAAUUAUAUUUUCUACACAAAAAUUAUGUUUGAAUAUUGUUAAUUAGACCAGGGCAUUUAGCACUAAAAACACCGGAAUAAAUCGAUUUUUAGAUACAUACAGCACCUCGUAACUUUUUUCAUUGUGUUCAGGAUAAUAUCAGGAAAAAAGUCUACUGUAGAAAAAUAGGUGGACAUGCAUAAUUGCAUUUUAACGUACAUAAAAUGCAUCCAAAAAUACAAAAACAUGUGAAAAUAAGAACCAACUCCUGGAGUACCUGGUGCCCAGUGUCACUCCUAAGGCACGUCAUCUAGAGUUUCGAGAGUUUUCGGUUACUCUAGCGGUUUUUGGGGUUGCUGAAAACGAAUACACCAUAAUAACCAACACCCGGAGCACCUGGUGUCUAGGAUCACGUCAUCUUCUGGAAUUUCGGCACUAAAUUGAUGCAAACAGAUUACACGAGGGAUUUUCGGGCUCACUGAACACGAAUACGCCAUCAAAGGAACACCUGUUGACCACGGUCACUAAGAAGGCACGUCAUCUUCUGGAGUUUAGAAAGUGUUCGGCCUUGAAUGCAUACAAAUAGAUUAACAGGCAAUUUUUGGGGUCGCCGAAAACGAAUACGCAAUCAGAAUUGGCCCCCGGACGAUCUGGUGCCCAAGGUCACUGCUAAGGUAUGUUAUCUUUUUAGUUCGGAGGGUUUUUGUGCACCAAGUGCACCGGGGGUUCUGAUAGCAUAUUCUGAUUCAGCGACCGCAAACACCCCCGAGUAAUCUAUUUGCAUCAAGCAAAUAUACGAGUCUUGGCAAUAUACAUCAUAAUUGUUUUAUGGAUGUCUAAAAGGAGAUGUUUAUAUUAAUAUUCAUUAGCUGAUCACCUCUCUUUACAGUUCUCGUAAAAUCUUAAUAAAUACGUAGAAUCAAAUUUUGUAUCAAUAGAUUUAGAUAAUUUCCUGUGAGCCAUACACGAUUUGUCUAGACAACCCGUCGAUGUCGACAACCUGGCUUGUUUCUUUACUACUUCUGGAAAAAACUAAUGUUACUUUUUUAAUAGUAUUUCUGUUAUUAUUUACUAAGCAUCCUUAGGUCUCCAGUACGACAAAAUUAAAUGAUGCCGAUACAAGGAAUAUUCUUAACUCGUUCAGCGCUCACACCGAUAGUGUGUCGGCACGAGGGUCUCAUCAAACGUGCCGACGACGCACGAGUGUUGGCGGUGGUACUGCGUUUCUAAAUAAACCAUUACAAGCUUGGGCACCUCAGUUGAGGUCGAACGUAGACAGCGAACGUAUUAAACGUAUAUGUUAUCAUACUUAAAGCUCCGUUAUGGCCGUACUAGAGAUCUGAGGAUGCUUAGUAAAUUAUAGUAAGCGAAACUGAUCGUCCGUAGUAGAAUAAAUUGAUUGUAAGUCUUUCAUUUAUUUCUCUUUAAUUAAAUUAAAUCUUCUUGACUGUCAUAGACGGACUCCUAAAAGGACUUAUGCGUCGCUGUUUACUGUGUCUUCCCAGAGCUUUCUUGGCUUUCCAACCGGUCUCUUUCCCUGCAUUCUAUCAUUCAGUACUCUUUUUGGUAGCCUAUCCUCUCCCAUUCUUAUCACAUGUCCGGCACAUUGCAAUCUUUGUAUUCUAAUGAAGUCUGACAGGGGUAUUUCUUUAUAAAGUUGAUAAAGCUCGUUGUUGCAUCGACUUGUGAAGAUUCCGUUUUUCCCUCACAGGUCCUAGUAUUCUCCUCAGUACUUUCCUUUCGAAUGUGUCGAGUUUGUUUUUGGAUGUUUCUUUCAGGACCCAUGCUUCACUGCCAUAACAUGCUAUUGGUCGAAUUAAGGUUUUAUAGAUCCUCAUCUUUGUAUUUUGGUGGACAUUUUUAGACUGAAGUAUAAAUAUGGGAGAGGGCAAAAUAAGCUGUUUGCCUGCCUUAUUCUCUUCCUUAUUCCUCCACUUCUCAUCGAUCGGCACAUAUUUCUACUCCCAGAUAUGUAAACUUUCAAACCGUUUCAAUGUCAUCUUCAUGUAUAAUGUUUUGUGGGACUAUAUUACGAGUACAUUUCUUCUCGUCUGUAUCGUUAUUUUUGACUUUUUCUGUGUUAAUUUCCAGACCUAGCCUUUUUGUUUACCAAAAUUAAAUCUAUAAACUUUAAUACAGCCAAGGCGAAGAGUUUCUCACUGUCUCUUAUACUCGGUUAGGUAUACUAUUUUAUUACUCCCUGGAUUUCUCCAAUACAUUUUUAAGUUAGUUUGCAACCUUGUUGAGCAAUAUCUCCAUAUCUUCGGGUUGAUAUAUUUACCUUACUGUUAUCUAAUAGGAAUUAGAAACAGAUCUGUAUAUGUUUAGCCUUAAAACAUACAUACAUAUAUUAUAUUAUAAUCUUAACGUUGAUACCUUAAUAAUACGGGCUUAUAUAUUUGUCCCGAUCUUAAGACUCGAAUCUGAUAUUUUGGGUCACCCGUUAUAUUAAAAUGAAUGUACUAGUCAAGUAUACUUAAAAAAGAGUUUAUUUUUAUUUACAAAUCACAUUUUAUUUCUUUGUUAUUGAUAUACAUAAUAUGUAAAAAAUUUGGACAAACUGUAAUUUUAGUGUUACGGUGUUAAAGACUAUGGAACAGCCUAACUGUGAGACACAACUGAUUAAAAACUUUUGAUAUCCAUAAAUACUCUUAUUUUUAUGUGUAUUAAUAUGUUGCUGUUUAUUUUGGUGGUUAUAUAUUUAUAUUGUUAUUACCAAUUGUUUUUAAAAUAUAUUUGAAUAAAUUUUGAAUAUUCGUUUAUUUGCAUUUAUACGUUUCACAGUGAGUCUGUUCCACUAAAACCAGUGUGCCAAAAUUUUAUUUGGCUUUGCAUUUCAGUCACUUGGUUAAAAAUAUUAAAGAAAUCUUUUUUUAUAAAUGUACUAUUGUUAAAAAUAAACAAUUUCUUUUCUCCCA